GUGAACUGAGAGAUUGAAGGAUGUCGGGCCGAGGAAAAGGCGGAAAGGGGCUAGGAAAAGGGGGUGCUAAGCGCCAUCGCAAAGUCUUGCGAGAUAACAUCCAAGGUAUUACCAAGCCCGCCAUCCGCCGUUUAGCUCGUCGUGGCGGAGUGAAGCGAAUUUCCGGCUUGAUCUACGAGGAGACCCGCGGGGUGCUGAAGGUCUUUCUGGAAAACGUCAUCCGCGAUGCUGUGACUUACACCGAGCACGCCAAGAGGAAGACCGUGACAGCCAUGGAUGUGGUCUAUGCCUUGAAACGCCAGGGCCGUACCCUGUACGGAUUCGGUGGUUAAAUACCACAACGAGCUUUUCAAAACAAAACAAAAGGCCCUUUUAAGGGCCACCCACGUUUUCAUUAAAAAAAGCUGA